GUGUGCAUAUAUACAUAUAUGAGAUCACUUGUCAUCUCACACAACGCCUUGCCUAUAUAGGCACACAUAUAUUUAGUUAUUAGAUGGAUAGAUAGAUAGAUAGAUAGAUAGAUAGAAUGAUCCAUGACCUCACCUUUGUUUUGGAUUUCUCUCUAUCCUGCUACUUCUUUUGAGUGUUAGCUAGAUCGGUGACGGCCGGCAUGAUGCAAUAGCAACACAAAAGAUGUAACAAGAGCGAGCGCGAGCGAGUUGGACUUGGACCUCAGCUCGAUCACCCACCCAUCAACAUCUACUACUAAGCUACUAGCUUCUUGUUCAUCGUCCACCGGUCGCGCGCGCAUGGCGGGAGGUAGCAAAGGCUGCGAUGAGAGCUCUGCAGAUCAUCAGCUGCUGCUAUCCAGCGGCCAGGCCGGGGACGACGGGGAGGAUGAUGCUGGUGGCGCCGACGACGUGCCUCCCGCCGGUCGUCAUGACGGGAGCUCAAGCAAUAGCAGCACGGUGGAGCUGGAUGAAGCCGGCGGGGACAGCGGUAGGAAGGUCGCCGGCGCCUCGCCGUCCUCGGUGCGCCCCUACGUCCGCUCCAAGAACCCCCGCCUCCGCUGGACGCCGGAGCUCCACCUCUGCUUCCUCCGCGCCGUCGACAGGCUCGGCGGCCAAGACCGUGCAACUCCAAAGCUCGUUCUUCAAUUGAUGGACGUGAAAGGGCUGAGCAUAGGCCAUGUCAAGAGCCAUCUCCAAAUGUAUAGGAGCAAGAAGAUCGACGACUCGGACCAGGGCAAGACUAAUUCUUGAGCAACAUCUCGUUGUUUCAGUUCAUAGACACAUCAGUUAUCGCUCAUGUAUAUACAAUAACUACCCGGCCCAUGACAUGGUAAAUUAUACUACUCUUUUACAAUGAUAGGUGCUACUGGUUCAUGGAGAGAUCUUCAUCAUCAGUUGCAGGAUGGGGGACAAGCGUACAACCUCGGUCAUCUCUCCUUCCAUCACGGCCAGACUGGUGCUAGUACCAUAUUGUCAGCAAGGUUUGGUGCAUGGCCCCAUUGGAGCAAUUUUCAUGAUCCAUCAUAUUUGCUUCACAGUCACCAUCUUCUUGGAUCAAAACACUACUACUCAUCAACAGCUGAAGCCGAUGUAUUCCUUAGAAACCGAGCUCAGUAUACUGCUAGAGCUACUAGCAACACUCCAGCGUCUACUACUCUUCAGAGGUGUUUAAAUGAUCAAUUCAUGAAUCAUCAUCAACGACGACUGUCGCAAAAUGAGGAUAAUAUCCACCAUGAUCCCCUUGAUCUUGAACUCGCAUUGGAUAUUGGCCCAAGCCAAGACAAGAGAAUAAAGAGAUCAUCAGGUUGUAGCUGGAGAAGACAUCAAGAAGAGGAGAAUGUCGGGAAUCAAGAAGUCGAGAGUGCUACUGAUGAUACUCGGCUAUCUCUUUCUUUGUUCCCAUCUCCUCCUUAUGUGAGGACCAGUAGUGGUGGUCAUCAUAAAGUCCUAGGUCUCAAUAUGGAAAAAGGCACAGCGCAUCCGACAAGGACAAGUACUCUUGAUCUCACCAUAUGAUCUAGCUAGGUGCAGUGUGGUGAUAUCUUGUGGUACUUAUCCAUUUAUGUAGAGGAAGACACAUAUGAGUAUGAAAUAUCUUCAUAGGUAGAGCUAUUCAUUCUAUAUUAUACAUGCAUAUAUGAUCUUUUGAGUUUGGAUAUGUUUCUAAUA